AUGCCAUAUCACUUACGCUAUCGUGUCAUCAAGUAUACGCGAUCAAUUUCAGAACGCCUAGUCCGUACCGAGGGAAUGCAGGUUACGCUUGGCUUCGACGCGACGGACUUGCAAGACAUCCGCCACAAUCUCGUGAAGCUCAUCGAUGCUACACUUAUCCUGGACGGAGCCAGCAAAGCCUUAAUCAGACCACAGGACACGGAUCUCACCUCUAUAUCCACACUCUUCGAACUCCGAAGACUUGCUAUGCUUGCCUGGCCGAGGUUAGAACCCGAAACCGACAAAACGCUACCGGAGAUCUCUAUCAAUGGUUUCGGUAAGAUGAUAGAGGUUAAGAACGGCGAACCCCGGACGCAAGAUGCAAGCAUGUUGACCUUUAAUCUCGUCUUUUAG